GGUAGACCUACAUGGUGCAGGUGGGUAGGAGUAUCCUGGUGACUUUGACUUUACGAGCAAGAAGUUACAGGUGAAGGUCCCAGGAGGAGAUGGAGAUGAGCAUAUGAGUUGAUGGUGAAAAUAUUUCCCCAGAGCAAUGUUUGGCCGAUUUGCUUCGUUGACCCUUGGUGCAUUCUGCGUAGGAUACACUGCUGUAUCAGUUCUCAUUCAUCUUGUUCUCUUCGUAUAUCAGGAGCCAGCCAGUAUAGCUCAGUAUAAGCCAGUUAUAAACGCUGAAGAUUCACCCGUAUCACAAGCUGGAGUUUUGCCUACUGAUAGCGUGAUCGAUGGAGGACCGAUCCGUGAAGUUGACGUUGAUACCGUCCCAACGUUAGAUGAAUUAAUUCCUCAUAUCGUACCGUCAGGUGUACAGCCUGGUGGACUGUGGCAUCCUCCUGUUGGAUCAAAAAUUGGAUGUGGUGGAAACACGCGCAAGUCUCGAGUAGCCAUUCUCAUACCCUAUAGGAAUAGGCCUGAUCAUCUUCCCAUUUUUCUCAAAUACAUCCAUCCGUUUAUGCAGAGACAGAACCUGGAUUAUGGCGUAUAUGUUGUAGAGCAGGACGAUGAUCUUGCAUUCAACCGUGCUGAGCUGUUUAAUGUGGGAUUCCUGGAAGCCCAGCUCGACCAGCCCUACUCAUGCUAUGUAUUCCAUGAUGUUGAUCAUGUGCCAUCAGAUGAUCGCAAUAGUUACUGCUGCGGCGACGAGCCACGGCAUCUAUCAACGAACGUGGACCGGUGGGAUUACAAGCUGCUGUACGAUCAGUUCCUGGGCGGCGUGACGCAGUUCGGCGACUCGCACGUGUAUGCCAUGAACGGUAUGUCCAAUGCUUACUGGGGUUGGGGCGGAGAGGAUGAUGACGUGCUGUGCCGGUGGAGAACUAUUGGUAUGACAUUCUCCCGGCCACCGAACAGCUAUGGCCGAUAUCGUACGAUUGGAUCGCACGGUCACAAGUCAGCGCCAAAGAACAAGGACCGCUUUGAGAUUCUAAAGAUGGCAAGAUCGCGUAUGCUCAUCGAUGGCUUGAACAGUGUUCGGUAUCAUUUGGUGAAUAAGGAUCGGCACGCGCUCUACACGCAUCUGAAAAUAAGGUUAGGCAGUCAGAAUGUCACCACUAUGAUGGUAGAGCCGCCGAAGCGCACUCUGCGCGAGAUCCGUGACAAGACCAUACCGCAUUGGUCAUGUCAGUGAUGUGAGUGUCCGUGUGUGUGGUGUGUGUGUCUGUGUGUCUGUGUGUGCUUGCACGUGCAUGUUGUCCUCAAUGAAUGCCCAUUGUUUCCUGUGGUUCUGUGUUGCAACUUGUAUCGACAAGAUGGCACUAUUGGGAGGCUGAAAGUGUGCGUUGUUGUGCUGUUGGUUCGUAUUAGCAUGUCUUUUAUCCCUCUCCGUAUUUAUUACUAUACCGUUCAUCCGUGACACGUAGUCUACAAUGUUUCCUGGAUGUGCCACCAUGACUUCCCCCGCCCCCUCCCCCCCCCCCCCCUCCCCGUUUGUAUCGAGCAAAUUAUUUCAGACGGCCCCCAGUUGUGCGCCAGUGCCACUGUUAUCCUUGAGGUGAUUUUUAUGAAACUUUCCAUUAUGUUAUAUAUAAUUUGAUUCGACUCUAUGCCCUGCAUGUGUGCGUGCGUGCGUGUGUGUGUGUGUGUGUGUGUGUGUGCGUGUGUUUUCACCGACUCUGUGUAAUCCCUGUGUACUGUUCUGGUCACGCUGUUCAUGGCGCGGUGCACUGACUGCUGACGUUGAUGCACUUAGCCAAUGCGCAGUGUACGUGUAGGUACUGCUUUUUCAAGUCACCGGCAAUGCCGUGUGUGUAUGCCUGCAUGAAUCAUGAAGCUUUUUGUUGAUACGUGUACUUUACCUGCUGGACUCCGUUGUAGGUUUCUUUUUGUCCCUGUACAUACAAGUAUAUCUACUCAUUUGUGUCACCUGUUUGUCUUCUUUUUCUCGGUGUUGUUAUGCCCACUGGCUUUGCUCACAACUAAUACUAAUAGUUAAAUUAAAGCUCUUUUCUUCGGAGACUUCUCCGGUUUUUGCCCCUGGCUUUGCUCAUAUAUCUGAUAGGUUUUCUUACUGUAAAACUAUUUCUUUCUUCACCUGGAUAUUGACAAGGCAUUUCUUCUGUUGCAUUUCUUGGAAACAGAUGGUUUUCAGCUCUUGA